AGAUUCAAAUGCGACAUAUGCGAUAAGAGCUUUACACGAUCCACUACUCUCCAAGAGCACCGAAGAUCUCACAACAACGAAAGACGUUGGGCUUGUCAACUUUGUCCAACACGUUUCGUGCGUUUGAAGGACCGCAACCGACACGAAGCACUUCAACAU